UUCUUAUAGCUGUAACAUUGUCAUUUAAACGUUUCGCAGUACCUCAUAUGACCUGCUAGUGGCAGCAGCGUUUAUCAAUGUAGACCAGUAAUGCACGAAGAAGAAGAUGCUAAUGACGUCACAACUGUAUGUAAAAUGGCGGUUGAUUUGACUCCUCGAUUUCGAAGACUCAAUAGCGAAACGCGAAGUUUUCGCCAAAACUUGCAAUUUAAUGGUUUCUUGGGCCCCUUUGGGGCCACCCAGCUGUGGCACAACAUCAUCCACACCCUGCACAGCCAGGUGGAGGUGCGCCGCCAUCGGAGGCACCUGCGCGUCUACGCCGAGAGCUUCACCGGUUCGGACGCCGUAGACGCCGUCCUCAGCUACCUGAUGCAGAACGUUGCCUUUUGCACGAGUGACGUCUCCCGUCUUAAAGCCGCUCGCCUUUGCCAGGCACUGAUGGAGGCUAAGGUGUUUGAGCCGGUGGGCGCUAAACUCUUUCGCCGUGACAAGGACGUGGCGUUCGAGGACAGCGGCGGAAGCCUUUACCGUUUCGUGGAGUCUAAAUCUGAUGUGAUGGAUGACGGCGGCAGCGAUGCAGAAAACCAAACAAAGGAGCCGAAGAUGAAGAACAGCAAGCGCGCCAGGUUGAAUGACAUGCACAUGAUCGCCAAUCCUCUCGCCGCGGGACCGUCUGACAAGAAGGUGGAGACGCUGCUCAGGUCCAUCAAUUUGCCGCCUUCAACCACGACUUCCACCGCCUUUCUACCCAAAACCGUGGUGGAGGAGGUGUGGAAGCAGCAGACGUUGCUGCAGUUGCUGCAGAUAGUGGAGCUGCCCGUGCUGGACUGCAUCCUCGCUUCACCAUCCAGGAGUGGGAGGUCUCCACUGGGCAAUCAGGACCUGGUUAUUCCCAAUAAGUACCUAGAAAGAGAGCUGUCAGACACCCUUGAUCUCGAUCCUUGGGAUGGGUGGCUCUCAGCAGCCGUAGACUGCCUGGAGCUGUUCCCAGACCAGCUGAUCGUGGUUGCAGGGGAGCAGCUUCAGCGUCAAGACGGCGUGGAGACAUCGGAGCACGUGGCGAACCAAAAGAGAGUCCUCUUUGACAUUAUCGCCAAGUACUACAGCGGAAGGGAAAAGGCUCCCAUUCUGUCAGGACGCUACCUGGAUGUCCAUGUUGGAAUUCUCAAGCUGCUGGAAGAAUCCAAGGUGCAGGACGCCAUCAGAGCAUCUCAGCUAUGUCUGCGUCUCCUACAGACGAGCCAGCGAGACGAGCUCAGGCGUCUUCUAGCCUACAUGGCGGCGGCGGCGCACCCGCAUGCCUGCCGUCUACAAAAACAGAGCGAUAACCGUACUGUGGUCGGCCGCACUUUCCAGAACGCCAUCAUCGUCCAUAAUGCUGAAUUUACUAAAUCCCAGAGCGAGACCUUGGUGCUGUUUCUCAUGGACAACCAUACAGACCUCUUUAAGACCCCUACAUCGCUCAUUGAAGCUGUCCACAGUACGUUGAGAAGCAUACGGGAGGGCAAAGAUGCCCACUCCAUCGCCACGUUCACCUUCUGCAAGCAGACGACGCCACAGCAGUACCGGGAACAGUGCGACGCCGCCACGCUGAAUGGUCUCAAGCGUCUCCUGCAGGACAUCUCCAUGAGCGGCAUGCCUGCUAAGAAGAAGAGGAGGCUCCUCAAGGAGUUUGAGAGGCAUCACCCCGUGAUCUUCCUCCAGCAUCUCUCCAGCACCUUCUAAUCACAGCACUACCGGCCUUGGUACUCCACCAUUGGCAACUUUAAGGCUCUUAAAAUAACACUUUUAGUCAUUAUAUUGAGAUUUCUUAUUAGAAGAUACUUCAAUUCGGUAGACUGUCAGGAGUUUUAUACCCCUGGUAGGGUCACCCAAGCCAAAUUGCUCCUUGAUGAGGGACCAGACAAAGGGUAGCUCAAGUAGACCCCAAUAAUACAUGGUCACCAUAGCCCCCCUUAGGAGCCGGUCUGGAUGGAUCGGUGGGUAAUAGCUUAAAAUGACAAUAAUAAUACAAAAGCAACAUGUAUCGGGGUCAGGUGCAGCGUGACUUGGUAGAUGGUUUGAAAACGGUGAACUACUGCUGUGCACAUGGCAACACUACUUUGGGUUUAAUUUAUCAUUUUCUAGAGGACUAAUUUAAUCUAUGGUUGGUUGUAAUGAUGUUUUAUGAAUAUUUGUUCUUCCCUCACACUGAAAACACAUUUGUAUGCACUUUGAUUUUAAAAAAAAAACUUGAAAUAAUGUCUUGAGUACACGUUUUGUCAAGUGUCCAGCCAAGAUAGAUAGAUACCAUAUAAUAAUAAGAAUAAUGUGGAGAAUAAAUAGAUGAAAUAUGAACAACAAUGUACAGCCUAAACAGUAAAUUGCAGAAAUAAUUUAAAUAAUUUUGAAUAAAUAUAUAUAUAUAACACCCUGAUUAUGAUCACAUCAUUCUGAUUUAUUUAAUA